AUGAUUUUAGACAAAUCGGCCGAAGUUCGUGAACGUAAUUUUAAUUCAAUAAAAGUGCUGUUUGGAGUUUCUUAUGGAUUAGGCGUUAAUUUGACCGCACCCAGUAAAUUUAAAGAAUCGUUGAGAAUCGUUAAUGUGAUUUUGGUGGUGAGUAGCACGCUGUCCUUGUACGCCCAUUGGUGCUACCUCCAGAGAAAUUUCGAUAGCAUUCCUCUCUUAGCUGAGACUGUUUGCACUGCUUUGCAGACUCUCAUUUCGCUCUUCAAAAUGGUGUACUAUCUGUUAAGGCAAAGAACCUUUUACCGUCUACUGGAACAGGCUUUAACCCACGACCUAAUACAUAAAAUAGAAAUAUUUCAACACGAUCUCCCCGUAAAAUACCAAUUGAAGCAAGAGAUCGAUAAUAUAAUGACUGACAUUUGGCGCACCACUCGUCGGCAAAUAUUGUUUUAUUUCUCUUGUUGUCUGGCGAUUGUGUGCAACUACUUUUUUGCUGCGUUAUUUGUAAAUCUCUACAAUCAGCUAAAGCAAACACCCAACUACAAACAUAUUCUACGUGCCGUAAGUUUUGAUGGUGUCUUCAUAGUAUUAUCCCAGCAUGCUGUCGGAUUGAUAAAGGUUCUCAACUUGCUAGUGUUACGAUCCACUUCACCGCUGAUACCUCCCGGAAGGCGUAUUGAAUAUCUACGAUAUACCAUUAUCACGUACCAGCGAAUAGCAAUCUACGUGCAGCAAAUUCAAACAAUUUUUAAGCAAAUUAGUCUAUCCCAAUUCGUAUUUAGCUUGAUCAUAUAUGGCUUCGUUCUAUUCGAAUUGAGUUUUGGUUUAGAAUCAAGCAUAACAAUCUUCAUCCGAAUGAUAAUGUACAUUGCGGCCGGUGGAACCCAAAUUGUUAUAUAUUGUUACAAUGGCCAGCAGCUAACUACAGUGAGCGAGCAAAUUCCGUUUUCAUUUUACACGUCUAAAUGGUACGAAGAAUCGGAAAAGUUUAAACAACUUAUUCGUAUGAUGAUUUUGCGAACUCAUCGUAACUUCCACUUGGAGGUUUCAUGGUUUACUUUGAUGAAUUUGGCCACUUUAAUUGCUCUAUUCAGGAUGAGCGGUUCGUACUUUUUGUUAUUGCGCAACCUUCAAGAAAACUAA